UAUUUUCAUUUUCAAAUAAAUAUAUUUGACCACCGCUUUGUCAGCCGCUUCGGAUUAUCACCGCCGGCGGUAACAACUCAGAACCCUUGCCGCCGAAAAGAAGCAAAAAAAAAUGACCGAAGAUGGGAAAAAUAGAGGAGGCGUCACCCCCAAUUUGAACCCUCAAAGCCAAUAUCAAUACGGCACGUUUCAAGGCGUAGCCAAUUACUACCACCCUCAUUUCCCUCAACAGCCGCCUCCUCAGCCCUUUGUCGGCUUACCUCACGCCAUCCCUCCGCCGGGCUGCGCCGCCAACCCCUAUGUCCAUGGCUACCAGACCGUUACAGGUUUUCCAGUUGAAGAACCCGUGCCCUUGAGGCAACCUCGCCUACCUGUUUGUGGACUUGGAAUGGGAUGGUUAUUGUUUUUUCUUGGCUUCUUCUUUGGUGGUAUUCCCUGGUAUGUUGGAACUUUUAUUCUACUGUGUGUCCAAGUGGAUUAUAGAGAAAAAGCAGGAUACCUUGCAUGUGCUAUUGCUUCCGUUAUCGCUAUGAUCGCCAUUACCUUUGGUUUGACAAAGGGAGGAACUCAUGCCUGGUGAGGUAUGGACUAUGAAAUUAAGAAGUUGGCUGUACAUUAUUUUUUUCAGAAUCACGGAAGCAUUGGUGCUUGUAAUUUGGUAAAAAAAUAAUUGUUCAGAACUCUUGUUCUUUACAUUAAAGAGAACCCCCCAUAAUCAUUUAUUGGGUAUAUAUGUAUGUAUAUACAUAUAGUUGUAUUUUCUUUUGAAUUGCUGAAAGUAUAAUGAAUGGCAGUAGUUUCUUCUGCCUAAUAACUUGGAA